AUGAGUUCAACCCCGGAGACACAGCUCUCGACUCAGAUCGUCCCCUCGACGGAGGAUGGAGAUAAGCAAUCACGUCACACCAAAAAACCCUCGAACCGGCCUGCGUUGCAGAUCUAUAAACCACCUGGACUUCGAUCUGGAGGAUCCAGUAAUGAUGGAAGUGUCUCCUCUGCCGCUGGAGGAGUCACUGUGGGUGCAGCCCUUUCACCCUCUACAGGAGUACGUUCGCAUAUGUCCUCCACUAUUAAUUCCCAACAACAACAUAAGAAAACCAAUAGAGAAGUGGAAGAAAACAAUAAUUAUCGUAGUACAACGAUGACAUCAGAUCGAGAUAUAUCGUUACGCCAUUCCGACUCACACUGUCAAAGUUCUCAGCGGCUAAAGCGUACUGAGAGCAGCAUCAGCUCUGAGAGUGCUGUAUCACAGAAAUCUUCGGGCUCCGGUUCUGGACGUGGGAAUGGAAACGCUAGCAUUGGCAGGGAAACCGGUGCUCCACAUGUUGAAAAACGCUCAAAGCAACUUACUCCACCGAAGAAGGAAUCAAAGAAGAAAGUCAUGACGGAACGUGAAAUGAUGGAGGCAGCAGCGGGGCUUCGGACUCUUGGAAUUAGUGGGAACACCACCGAAAUCGAAAAUUGGAUAGCUAGUGGAUUCUCAGCUGAUGCUGUUGCUGAAAGCGUUGGAUCAACGCUAUGUCAACACGCCAUUGAAGGUGGAGGCGGUCGUGUUGUAGCUAAGCUAUGUGGUUCGCUGCGAGAUGCACCAUCUGCAUACUCUCUUUACAGGGGACUGAUGUCUUCUAUAUCACAAUACUUUGAGUGUCGUGAUCGUUUGCGAGCUGACCAUUUUCGCAUGUGGAUCUCGUUUCUUUCAUUUGUUGCAGAUCUGUACGCUAAUAUCGGAGGAGGGAAAGACGGAGAACUCGUAAAUUUUGUCUUCCAAGUAUUCGACUAUCUUCUGCGUGCUCCGAUCCUAGAGACGCUAAAAAUUGAGGAGUUGGAAUCUCUCAUCUCUGCUUUACUCUCCGUCGGUUAUGACUUGGAACGAGAAUGUCCUGACCAGUUGUCUCUACUGAAAGAUUUAAUCAGGGAUGCAUUUAUUGACGUAUCUGAACCGUGGGCCCGAAAGAUGAUCUUGUUAUUGUUGGAACUAGGAGCAAGUGGAUGGAAGCUUCCCGCCGAGGCCAACGAAAAUGUCCAAGGACAAUAUUCGCUUAGUGUUCUUGACAUGAGCUUGGCUAGCAGACGGGAUGCUUCAAGUGCCGCGAAAUUUGAUCAAUUUAUGACUCACUAUAAUCAGGGACGAGCAAAGUUAAUGGAAGCUGUUGAAAUAGAUGAGAAAUAUGACGAAUCAUUCAAAGAGAAGAAAGUAUUGGCUUGCGAACUGUAUAAACAAGGUAUGGAUGCAUUUAAAAAGGCUGAAAGUAUAAACAUCAUGGAUAUUCAAGCCGAUAAAAGGAAAGAAGCUUCUGAAGCAAAAGAAAAAAUGAUAGGCUAUCAUCGAAGUGCGAAAGAACGCUUCGUUACUCUCAUGAAUAAAGUACAAGGUACAAAUGUUUCAAAUCACUCCACGUCUCUACCUGGUACUUCAAGUGCUCGAGUUGCUUCACCAUCACGAUUAGGUGCUCGCGUUAACUCAGCGCCGACGGGACGUCGUAAGGUGCGAAAGAUCGCGUCACCGAGUGAUCUUUACGUUAGUCAAAUGCGCAUGUCUGGACAAAGAAUCAAAGACAACCAGAAGAAAUUUCCGGGAAUUCGAAGUACGAAGGAAAAAAUGGGAAAGGCUGGUCGAUCAACAACCGCGUGCGCAGCUAUACCUACUCGUCAGCAGCUUCUGAAGGGAGUUGACGCCAAGUUCGGAGAGAGACUUCUAGAUGAGAUGCUUGAUCGAACUGGAGUUAGGCUUUCGGAUGUAGCGGGAUGUGAAUCAGCGAAAGAGGCUUUAGAGGAGGCUGUAAUACUGCCUGCGAUGAAUCCAGGACUGUUUAGUGGUUUACGACAGCCGGUUAAAGGCAUUUUGUUAUUUGGUCCUCCAGGAAAUGGAAAAACAAUGCUCGCAAAAGCUGUGGCUUCUGAAGCACGUCAAGUUUUCUUCAAUAUUUCGGCCGCAAGCUUAACCUCUAAAUGGGUUGGAGAUGCAGAAAAAACCAUAAGAAGUCUUUUUCAGAUAGCUAGAAACGCUCAGCCUGCAAUAAUUUUCAUAGAUGAAAUCGACUCCAUUUUGUGCGAUCGUUCCGAAAAGGACACGGAAGUGUCACGUCGAAUGAAGACGGAAUUUCUUCUGCAGUUUGAUGGCGCCACUAGUAGUACAGAUGACCGAAUCCUUGUCAUUGGUGCCACAAACCGGCCGUUUGAGCUUGACGAUGCUGUGUUACGACGAUUCCCGAAACGAAUAUUGUUGGAUUUACCAGACGAGCGUGCUCGUUAUACGCUUCUUAAGACAAUCCUAGAAAAACACAAUAUGGCUGCUGGACUUAGUGAUUACGAUAUCAGGUGGAUAGCCUCUCGAACUCCUGGGUACUCUAAUUCUGAUCUUGUCGCUCUUUGCAAAGAGGCUGCCAUGGUUCCUGUACGGAGUAUUGAUAGGAAGAAAUUAGCCACUACAGAUGAGAGCAAGUUGCGAAACCUUCGCUGUUCUGACUUCGACAAAGCCCUUGACGUAAUCAAGCCCUCUUCUAAUUCUCGAAAUCUGCAAUUACUGGCGGAUUUCGCUCGGCGUGCCGGACAGGUGGGGUGA